GUGCCGAGCACAGUUCAACUCAGAAAGCGGGAGCGAUAGAAAUGCGUAGAGACUUCACACGUUUUACUCUACAAGCAUAUAACUUAUUUUCAAGUUAUCAUCCUCACUGGACACAUUGUUGUUUAGUGACUCUAAUGUUGAGUUACUAUUAUACAGGCUAUUCUGUAAAUUAACAUUUUUUACUCUAAUUAAAUUCACUAACAAACUACGAGCUUGUUGAAUGGCGAUAGUGUCGUAUAAAUACGUAAACGUUAUCAUUAAACCUAUCUGUGAUACAAGAACCAAGUCUUCGCUUUCCUAGUUUUUACCGUAUACUGACAUCUGUCAACAUGAAGAGCACAAGUGUGGCAGUUGAUGUGGAGAGUAAGGCUCUUGUGGAGAGUGAACAUGAAAAAAAUGCCACCAUUGUUGAAGUGAGACGCCCAGGCUUCAACAAUGAAGCAAAACUGGAUAGGGGUAGUGCCCUCAGACAGGUAAUUGCAGCAUUUGUGGCAAACUUGGGUACAAUCAACACAGGUCUAGUGUUCGGAUUCUCUGCAGUUGCAAUUCCUCAACUCGAAGAAGCAGACAGCUUCAUUAAAAUUGAUGAAGAGCAAGCUUCUUGGAUAGCAAGUCUUUCAUCUGUGUCAACUCCAAUUGGCUGUAUUCUGAGUGGCUACCUCAUGGAUCUUAUUGGACGAAAGCGUACACUCAUCAUGACAGAAAUUCCUCUCAUAAUUGGCUGGUUAUUAAUCUCGACUUCCAGUACUGUUGAAAUGAUAUAUGUUGGGAGGCUGUUAGUUGGACUUGGAUCUGGCAUGGUCGGUGCCCCUGCUAGGGUAUAUACAGGAGAAGUGACCCAACCUCACCUGCGUGGAAUGCUGUCCGCUUUGGCAUCUGUUGGGGUAUCGCUUGGGGUAACCAUCGAGUAUGCGCUGGGAGCCAUUGUGACAUGGACAGUGCUUGCUGGUAUCAGUGCUGCAAUACCCAUUUUGGCACUUAUCCUCAUUGUAUUCAUGCCUGAGACCCCAAACUGGCUCUUGAAUCAUGGACGCACAGAAGAAGCAAGGGAGGCACUGAAAAAAUUCAGGGGAGAAACAUGUGAUGUGGACAAAGAAAUGGGCAUUCUUGUAGAUUUUGCUGCUAAGAACAAUGUUGUACAGCUUAAGAGUUUUAAAGAAACUCUGCGAGCCCUUACAAGUCCUGCUGCACUAAAACCUUUUAUAAUCCUUUUCACAUACUUCGGGAUCUAUCAGUUCUCUGGGGUUAAUCCGGUUACCUUCUAUGCAGUUCAAGUCUUUCAGGAAUCUGGAGCUGAGAUGAACAAAUAUUUGGCAACAGUGAUCUUGGGCAUUGUGCGGCUAUUGUCUACCAUUGCUGCUUGUAUCUCCCUCCGCACAUGUGGUAGAAGGCCACUUACUCUAAUAUCAGCUAUUGGCUGUGGACUGACAAUGAUUGGACUUGGUUCCUACAUGUAUGUAAGGGAAGGCUGGGUGGCAGAAGGUGUGCAACCAACAGCAACAUGGAUUCCUGUGGCGUGCAUCUUUAUUUUCACAGUUGCCUCUACACUUGGCUAUCUGGUUGUGCCAUGGGUCAUGAUUGGUGAAGUCUAUCCUACACAGGUGCGUGGAAUUAUAGGUGGCCUGACAACCUGCUCAGCCCAUCUGUUUGUGUUCAUGGUAGUGAAGACAUUCCCUCUAAUACAGCAUAUAGCCAGCAACCAUGGAUCUUUCUGGAUCUAUGGUAGCAUCUCACUGUUAGGAACAAUCUUCUUCUAUUUAUGCCUUCCUGAGACCAAGGGACGAACAUUGCAAGAGAUAGAGGACUACUUCUCAGGCCGAACAAAAACUCUUGGUGGCAAAGGAACUAAAACACUUCCUGGAAACAAGCCAAAGAUCUUGGAAGCAGAGAAAGGGUCAAUGCUUCCAUAAUUGCCUGUAAAUACUCCAAGUCCAGCUCUAUGGUGCUAGUACAAUAGACUGACUGUGAAACUAAAUUCAAUUUUGCAGUUAGGGUUGUCAUACUAAAGUGCGAUAACAGUGCUUAAGAACACUCAAAAUAUGAUUUUAAAGCCCUAAAUAUUCAACAGAGAACAAUUCUUCUUCCUGUUGUCACUGUUCAAUAGUAAACAUGAGAGAAAAGGGAUAUUUGAUAUAGUUAAUAUUUAUGAGACAUAAUUUCCUUGCUAUAUCAAUAAGUUACAAAAAUUUUCCUCAGUCCAUAAAUAAUCAGCACAAACUUCUGUGUGGCACAGAGUGUCUAAAAGUAAAGAGAGGUGAGACCACAGUGUGUGCAUUAAAAUGUGUAAGGAUUUUAUUCCCAUUGUAAAUCCUACAAGUUCUCACAUUUUACUUUAACAUAUAUGACAUUUCACAAAAUAUGAAGCAAUAAUUCACAGAACAUUCAGUAUUUAGAGAAGAAUUACAAUAACUUGUGUAUCCAGCUGAUGCACAUGAAAGGAAGUUGAACAGUGAUGAAUUACACCACCUUAAAGGGACUACAGAUUGAAACAAAAUCAGGGUAGUGAAUUGCAAUAAGUAAACUGUUAAUGAAGUCCUGAAAUUGUAAAUGGGUAACUAGAAGAUAUUCAGAUAUAUUUUUUUCGUAGAACGAAUAGUGACAAUGUCCCUUUGUAUGCUGUUAAAAUUGUUUCAUGUUAGGAAUUGAGGAGAUUAAAAUAGUCUGCAGUGAGUGGCAACCCCAAGUACUAGUAACACUUCCUGUUAAGACUGACAAUAUUAAUACAAUACUAAUUCACAUGUAGCUUACAUGAGAUCCACUGAGGAUCUGUAGAAAAAUACAAAGCCUUAACCUAUUUGUGAUAUUUUAUGUAGGUUAAUUUCUAUGCGUUAUGAAACUCUUUGACUGAUAUCAUUAAUAGGUAGCAAUAAAUUGUACAAGAUAUUAAGUUAGGUUAUAUAUUUCAUGUGGACUCAGUGGUAAUGCAAAUGCAAUACCAUAAAAAUAAUUUAGUAGUAUUGAAAAAUGUUGUAUGUUACUUAAGUUUGUGAAAGAUGUGAAGCCAUGUUUAAGAUAUUCGUAUGUGAUAAUAUAUCCUGUACUUUACAUAUUUUUUAUAUAGGAUGAAAAGUAUUUCUCUAUUGUUGGACCUACUGAAAUUACAGUAUUAAUGGCUGCUGUA